CAAUCAAACCAAGUGAUGCAGCAAUACCCGGCUCAGUUCAACUACCCCAUCGGUCACAACCACUAUGUGAAGCAGACGGGAAAUCAAACUGCAAGCUCCACAGCUACUGCAACACAACAGAUAACAUCUUCAGCCUCCUCUGUGACUCACUAUGUACCUGUUCAGAUGUAUGUUGUCCAGAACAACCCACAGCAGAAUCUGAACACACCAAGCAAUGGAUUACAACUGACCGGUCAAGGCCAGGUGAAUUUCAACAGCACCAACACACCAUCACACCCAGUUCAGACAUCAUUUCAGCCAUCAAGCAGUCAACAUCUUGCCAUCUCUCAACAUCAGCCUUUGAACUCUGCCACUGAGACAAAACAAAUGCAACAUCGGCAUAGUACCCAAAGGAAUAAGAGGUCAAGAAACGGCCAAGCUGUGCAACCCACACAUAACAGUGGAAAGAGACAGAAAAUAGUACGUGGUACGUGGAGACGGAAAGCCGUACAAGCCUCCUCAUCAGCCAUGGGUGCACCUCAGUCAAGUUUCCCCAGCACCAGUGACCAGAUGUUGAAAGGAAACCCUACAUUGCUGACUGCUAACCAGACUGCUCCACAGACACAGACUACCACAAACACAGACUCGGGCACAGGCUUGGCCUUUACUCUUGGCACGGUGAGAGAAUUUUUGGCGUUCUUGGAACCGAGAGAAAAAACGCCAGAGAGAAAAGGCAAUACACAAGACUUUGCACGCACAAUACUUGAUCUCUAUUGGGCUGGAGAUUAUCACAACUACAUAGUCACAGAACAAAAGGGCACCUUUGACGAAAUCUUAACAAAGGCUACAAAGUUUGCAGCUGAGGAAGACAAGGUGGUGUUUUAUGGCAUGAAGACGGAGUCUUUGAAUCGGCUGGCAAGCGUGUACAACAGUACUGCCAGUGACGUCACCAUGGAAAUUGGGAAGUCGUCCUGGAGAAACGUGAGUGACGAAUCACUGGACAUAGACAAGGAGUUGACAGAAGGAGAUUUUAUGAAGGAAAACAAAGACAGCACUGACAUCCAGAAAAUCACAAUUGACUCAUCAAAAGAUUGUGUACAUAUGUGUAAUGACAGCCAGGAUUUGGACAUUGUACAAUCACCCCAGACUGUGGAUGCAGAUAGUACAUGUGAUGACCCAGUCACUGCCAUGGAGGUAGACACCUCUUCGCUAUGUGAACUUAAAGCUGAACAAAUAUCUGCCCAACCUGGCAGUCCAGACGAAGCCGUAUUGUCCUUGGAGAUCUCAGUGUCUGUGGAUGAGCAAAGUUGUCUUUCCCAGCUGAUGGGCAAAGAGUCAUCCUUAAUUUGCCUUGAUACUAGCAACAAGACAGAAAACGGCACUCUGGAGCACCAGCAAGAUCUGCACCAGGACAACAGACAUCCCACUGACACACCAUGCCCCUCCAAACAUCAGGUGCAAGGUGUUGUCAUGAAAGACUGUCGGGUUGUCCUGAAGAGGAUUGUUCUUCCUAAAUUACAGAUUCCCACUCCAACCCUGUCACACAGUGGAAUUAAAUCCAGCUCCCCCAUCUCCCCAUCUGCUCCCAUGAAGAAGAGGUCGACAGUCAGACAAGCAAACAAGUUCUACAGAGACUAAGGGGGGACAUGGGGUAAAAAGGCCAAGACAGUGGUUAGGAAAAAUCAGCGGCAUCAGCCAACCACCGCCCUCCAAGAAAUGCAAAACCGAAUUACCCAAACACUAAAGACACCAUCUCCCAGAGGGAAGAGAAGACACUGACAUGUUUACAAGGUGCUGCUAAGAUGACUUGGGAAAUGGCAACGGCGUCAACAGAAAUCUUCAGCAUUAUGAACAAAGUGCAAUUGUAUCUUCAAGAUGUGCAAUUUGAGCUACGACAAGAAUUGUAUCUGGAUAUUAUGAUAUCUGCAUACAAUGUCCUCUUCACAUCUAAUGCCUUUCCCAGCACUUUACUGGGUUAUUACCUCAUAUGCAGCAUGUUGUUGCACCUGUCUUUGCAAACCUUAAGAUCAAGUUUCAAUUGUGUUUUAAGUUUUAUAUAUUUUAUAAUUGCACUUACAGCAUAUAUUUUUUUUACAUUGACUCUGUCUUUUGUGUUUUUAUUUCUUAAAUAAAGCAAUGCAUGUGCAGUACAAAUAAUGUCUGGAAUUAGUC